UGAAAAAGGAAACACGACUCGUUUAUCGCGUCAUUCUGGGCUCGGCCGUUGAGCAGGAAACAGCCUUUCCUCUCGGAUUGUCGCCGUCGGAACAAACAUACAUUUUUGUCUUUGCUCAAUGCACCCCUCGGCACAGAACACGCGGAAGCCGGUCAGAAGGAAGAAUGCCUCCUUCGAUGGAGAUAGCCGUCUUGCUCCUCGGCGUCCUGGCUUUGGAGACGCGCAGGAGCGCCAGCGCGCUGCACAUCCAGCAGGCGUUCGCGUCUCCAAACCUCACCAAUAACUUCGUGGUGGAUCCGGUGUCCAGGAGAGUCUACCUGGCCACUGUCAACACGGUGUACCAGCUCAACGGGACCCUGACCGUGGAGGUGGAGAAGAGGACGGGGCCGGUGGAGGACAACCUGUUGUGCCAUGCGCCACAGCUGCCCCAGGCUCCGUGCGAGCAUCCCAAAUCUCUCACUGACAACUACAACAAGCUCCUGCAGCUCGACCGGGAGCAGGGGGUCGUGGUGAUGUGUGGAUCUGUGUACCAAGGCUUCUGCGAGCUGAGGAGGAUGGGAAAUAUUUCAGAGAUAGCGGUGGAGUUCCCACCUCAAGGCGAAAAGACUGUCUUCCCCAGCAUGCUCAACAUCGCUGCGAAUCACCCGAACGCGUCCACAGUGGGGCUCAUCUUCAAGAGCCACGGGGGGAACCCCCGGCUUUUAGUCGGGGCCACAUACACAGGAGCUGGGACUCAGUUCUUCCCAAAGAACCACAGUAAGGAGGACCUGCGCUUUGAGAACACGCCGGAGAUCGCAAUCCGCUCCCUGAACGUCAAGGAUCUAUCCAGGCUGUUCACCUAUGACAUCAACCCCUCUGAGGAUAAUGUGUUCAAAAUCAAACAAGAGGUCAAAACCAAAAACAAACUCAACUUCGUUCACGCCUUCAUCCAGAAAACUUACUCUUACAUCGCCUUUAACAAUGAUGCCAAAAUGGGCCACAAGGAGAGCCAGCCGAACAGCAUCCUGGCUCGGAUAUGUCUGGACAGCGACAUCCCCCGAAAGUCCACCGGGUCGGAGAGUAAGAAGCUCACCGAGUCCUACAUUCAGAUGCCCCUGCAGUGUGGAGCUAACGGGAACAUUUACAACCGCCUGCUAUCCGUGUACCCCGCGGAGGUCCACGGAGGGAGCGGUGGGGGCCCGGAGCCCUAUCUGUUCGGAGUGUUCUCCAAGGCGGACAGAAAGUCUGCGCUGUGCGCUUUCAAGUUUGGAGACAUCGAGGCGGAGAUCCGACAGGGCCGGUUGAACUGCUCCAACUCCCCCAGCAGCGAUGUUCAGGUGCUGGACAGCGUGAUCCAAGGCUCCGGGGCCGUCUGCAUCCAGAAGGGAAACAUAGUGUUACAGCCUGAGCAGCUGGACUGCGGCGCCGCCCACCUGCAGCACCCUCUGGCUCUACGGAGGCCCCUUAGGGCCAUUCCUCUCUUUGAGUACCCAGCCCUCAGUUCGGUCUCUGUGGAUAAUGUGCUCAACCACACUGUGGUAUUUCUGGGAACCAGUAACGGACGUCUUCAUAAGCUGACCCUCUUACCUAACAUGUCCUUGGCCAGCCAGAGGACCAUGAAGCUGCCAGCCGGCGAAGCGGUCCACCACAUCAUGACUUUCGACCCCAACGACGGCAAUUUUCUUUAUGUCAUGACCUCUCACCACAUGCUGAGAGUAAAAGUAGCAGAAUGUGACCAGUGGAAGAGCUGCACUGACUGCUUGGGGGCUAGAGACGCCUACUGUGGUUGGUGCACUUUGGAGAACAGGUGCACCAUCCAGAAUGAGUGUGCCCGAGGGUUGCUGCCUCGCUCCUGGAUCACACUGGGUGAAGGCCCCAAGCAGUGUCCCUCCAUCACCCUGACCCCCCCAGAGAUCAGCAUCUCUUCAGAAAUCGAGGCUGUUGGCAUCCUAAUAAACGGCAGCAUUCCCGAUCUGAUUGGCUCGAAGGUAGAGUGUGAGUACAAGCCCGGGGUUUCCACUGCUGCCACGGUCUACGGUCUCGCUCAGAUCCAGACCUGCCCCCUCCUUCCACCAGAAAACUACCAACCAAUACCCUCUGGCACAGAUCACCUCACUGUUUCAGUGGCGAUAAAGGUGAAUGGCACGUCUGUUGUUUCUGGGAGCUUCAUCAUCUACGACUGCGAGAGAACCGGACAAAUACACCCAAAGACCUCAUGCAUGAGCUGCCUGAGCACAAGGUGGAAGUGCUACUGGGACCAAGAGCACCACCAAUGCCUCUCAAGCAAAGAUGAAUCAAAGCCAAAUCUGCUUGAAAGCGCUGCUUCCUGUCCCAGCCUGAUUCCCUCUGAGACUGUUCCAUCACCUUCAGGAAUGGCCCAAGACUUCACCGUGAGGCUGAGCAACAUCCAAGGGACGGAGAAGCUUGAGUGUGACUUUGGAACUGAACGGCGCUAUGUGGCCAUAUGGCUGGACAACUCAACUGUCAAGUGCAGUGGGGUGACGUUGUUCACCAAUCAGAGGAGUCAGAUUUACCACCUCAGCCUCAGGAGAGCAGGAUACUUCAUCAGUCAGAGGGAGGAUAUAUUCCUUGACAGCCCUCAGCCCAUGAAAGUGGAGGUGUACAACUGUGGAGUGGGCAGUUCAGACUGCUCCCAGUGCUGGGGCCGUGAAGAUCGGGGACACCUCUGUGGAUGGUGUGAAAACAGCUGCAGGCUGAGGGAUGACUGCCAGCCAGACAGGGAUGUGUGUCCUGUUCCUGAGAUCCACAAGAUCUCCCCCCUGAGGGGCCCUGUUGAAGGAGGCACACUGCUGACGGUACAGGGCAGGAACCUGGGACGAGGGCCAGCAGGAGUGAACAUUUUUAUAGGAGACGUUCCCUGUGAUCUGUUGCCUGAGCGCUACACUGUCUCUGUCGAGCUCGUGUGUCGCACUGGGAGGUCCUUACAUGACAGGACGGAUUCUGUCCGAGUGGACGUGGAUCAGAGCGGGACGGGGACGUCAAAGGAAAGCUUCGCCUACUUGGUCCCCAAUGUGAAGUCCAUAUAUCCAGAGAAAGGUUCUCGUGCUGGAGGAACCCGGGUGACAAUCCAUGGAGAACAUUUGGACAUCGGCUCACAGAUUAGAGUAAAGGUCAACAGAACACAGGAGUGCACCAUCACAGAAAAAACGGAUCAAGCGAUUAAAUGCAUCAUGCCUCCAGCGUUGGAGGCAGAUGCUGAGCUGGUGACAGUGUGUGUGGAGUUUGAGGACCAUCCCUGUGAGGACGAAGACCUUAGCACCAUGUACACUUAUGAGCAAAAUCCAACUAUCAGCUCCAUCCACCCAACAAAGAGUUUCCUCAGUGGUGGCAGGACCAUCACGGUUAAAGGUCAUGGUUUUGAUCUGGUUCAGAGUGUCACCAUGAAUGUCCUGGAAAUUGGGCAAACAAACUGCAGUGUUCUCUCCUCCUCAACAAUCACCUGUCUAUCUCCGGAGUCCAGCCAGUCCCAGGAAACCUCAGUGCAGUUUGUCCUGAACGGGGUCCCGUAUACCGGAGACAGCCCUUCAUCCUCCGAUGACGGGCCCGACGAAGAGGACGGGGAGCCUCAUAAAGAGCACUUCCAGCUGGGAUACGUGGAGGACCCUCAGUUCUUCACCACCAACAAGGACAAGCAGAUCAAACACCAUUCAGGAGAGCCACUGACUCUCAUCAUCAAUAAAGUGCCGAGUGAGCUGGAGCUGGUGCCGGAGGAAUACUCGGUGAUGAUUGGCUCCUAUCCCUGUAACAUCAGCUUCCAUAACGACCAGCUGUUCCACUGCACCAUCAACGGGCAGCUGAGGUCCAGCGAAAGUGAGCUUCCUGUCACCGUGCAAGUGGGGAACUUUCGCCACAUGAUCACCAAAGUACAGCUGGGCGGCAGCGAGUUGGCCAUUGUGGUGUCCAUUGUGGUGUGCUGCGUGUUGCUGCUUCUGUGCACUGUGGCUCUUGUCGUGUACUGCACAAAGAGCCGGAGGGCUGAACGCUACUGGCAGAAAACUCUUCUCCAAAUGGAGGAGAUGGAGUCCCAGAUCAGAGAGGAGAUCCGGAAAGGCUUUGCAGAGCUGCAAACAGACAUGACAGAUCUGACCAAGGAGCUGAAUCGCAGCCAGGGUAUCCCCUUCUUGGAGUACAAACAGUUUGUCACACGCACUUUCUUCCCCAAGAUGUGUUCAGAUUAUGAGAGUAGUCUGGUACAGCCCACUUACGUGAAUGACUCUCUUGGACCCCGGGUGCUACCGGAGACCCAUCCGCUGCUGCAGGACUGGCAGGUGAAGGCCAACGACACAACACGACCUAAUGUGGAGGAGGGCAUCACUCUGUUCUCCACUCUGCUCAAUAACAAGCACUUCCUGAUCACUUUCGUCCACGCCCUGGAGCAGCAGAAGGACUUUGCUGUGCGAGACAGAUGCAGCCUGGCGUCCUUGCUCACCAUCGCCCUCCAUGGGAAACUUGAAUAUUACACCAGCAUCAUGAAAGACCUGCUGGUUGAUCUUAUCGACGCUUCGGCUUCCAAGAACCCCAAACUGAUGCUGCGCCGCACCGAGUCCGUCGUGGAGAAGAUGCUGACCAACUGGAUGUCCAUCUGCAUGUACAGCUACCUGAAAGAAACAGUGGGCGAGCCUUUCUUCCUGCUUCUUUGUGCAAUCAAGCAGCAGAUUAACAAGGGCUCCAUAGACGUCCUCACCGGGAAAGCCCGCUACACCCUCAACGAGGAGUGGCUACUCCGUGAGAACAUUGAGGCCAAGCCACAGAACAUCAAUGUGUCCUUCCAGGGGUGUGGCAUGGACUCACUGUCAGUCAGGGUCAUGAAUACUGACACGAUCUGCCAAGUUAAAGAAAAAAUAAUUGAAGCCUUUUAUAAAAACCUGCCUUUCUCCCAGUGGCCUCGAGCGGAGGAUGUGGACUUGGAGUGGUUUGACUCUGGCAGCAACAGUAAGCUCCUGCAGGACCUGGACAACUCCUCAGUGAUGGAGGACGGUCGAAAGAAACUCAACACAGUCUUCCAUUACCAGGUCCCAGAGGGCGCGUCGCUGGCCAUGAGCAUGAAAGACAAGAAAGAAAACACCCUGGAGAGAGUCAAAGAUCUGGACACAGAGAAAUAUGUGCACUUGGUUCUACCCCAUGAUGAGCUUAUAGAGACCAAGAAGUCACACAGGCACAGCCAUCGCAAGAAAGUACUACCGGAAAUCUACCUGACACGCCUUUUGUCUACGAAGGGAACUCUUCAGAAGUUCUUGGAUGACCUCUUCCAGGCCAUCCUCAGCAUCCCUCCAGACCGCCCACCUCUGGCCAUCAAAUACUUUUUCGACUUCCUUGAGGAGCAGGCUGACAAGCGGGGCAUCACGGACCCAGACACCCUGCACAUCUGGAAAACGAAUAGCUUACCUCUGCGUUUCUGGGUGAACAUCCUGAAGAACCCCCAGUUUGUGUUCGACAUCGAUAAGACGGAUCACAUGGACGCCUGUCUGUCCGUCAUCGCCCAGGCUUUCAUUGACGCCUGCUCCAUUUCUGAUCUGCAGCUGGGAAAGGACUCACCAACUAACAAGCUGCUGUAUGCCAAGGAAAUCCCAGAGUACAAGAAGAGAGUGCAGUGUUACUACAAGCAGAUACAAGAAAUGCCCCCUCUCAGUGAGCAGGAGAUGAACGCUCACCUUGCAGAGGAGUCGAGAAAGUACAGAAAUGAGUUUAACACCAACCUGGCCUUGACAGAAAUCUACAACUACGCCAAGAGAUACAGAAACCAGGUGGUGAACGCUCUGGAGGCCAACCCCACAGCACGUCGCACUCAGCUGCACCACAAGUUCGAGCAGGUCAUCGCUCUGGUGGAGGACAACAUCUACGAGUGCUGCAGUGAAGCUUGAAGCUUGGUCUCCUCUGCUCCUCACCUCUUUUCUGCUGCCAGCUGCCUUCCUCCCACCUACACGGUUCCCCGGGACCGCCGCUCAGGAGGAACUGUUCGCGUGUGUCUUGACUGUUGCGAGAAACCAGAUUUUAAUGCUGCCUCUGAAGCGUCACACGCUCGCGACGUGUUUUCCCCAAACCUUUUCCUACGGCACAAGACAGAAUUCCAGCCUAACUCUGAUUAACAUUAGAAGAAACAUCUAAUACAUUAGAAGAAAAUUGCAGGAAUUCACAACUUUUCCCUGGAUUUCUGCACAAUUAGCCCUGGUGGCCACCUUUAACGCACUGAGCCCUUUUUUUUUUAAAAGGGAACGAGCCAAUGAUGCACUGUACUGUAAUAUAAUGUCUAUAGCAAUAUUUAUAGAUGUGUUAUAAUGCUUUCAAAUGGCCUGUCCAUCAGGAUUAGUAGGGCCAUGAUGGACUCCUCCCAUCUCCUAAAGCCUGCACCGAUCUCAGGUUUGCCUGAAGAGGGGCGACAGGCUCUGAGCAUUACGCCCCAAUGUGCUCUGCAGGCUGAUGACGGGUUGAUGAGGAGCGGGGGGAAGGCCAUAAAAGACUGCAAAAAGUUAAAUCAAAUGUUUUAAUGUAGUUCACUGGGAAGAGCUGCAUCAGUAUAAUCAGUGUGAUUGUGAAUGGAUGUUGGAUUCUGAUCAAUUAAAAAAAGAAAAGAGGGAAAUUUACAUUUAAAAGAAAAAAAAAACGUGUGAGCUCAAUAUAAUCUGAGGAGAGACUGUAAUUGUGAUGCCAAAUGAUUUGUUUGUGAAAUAAAUUACAGGAAAGUAAGUAUUUUAAA